AUGGUGCACUGGACGGCUGAAGAGAAGCAGCUCAUCAACACUUUCUGGAGUAAAGUGAACGUGGCCGACUUGGGUGGGGAUAUCCUUGCCUGGUAAGUCCAGGGGUGGUCGCCUCUCUAAGCAGGUUGGGCAGGAACUCCUCUUUCCACCUGGAUAAUAACCAUCCGUGCCUCUCCCUUUCUCCUUCCUUCCUUUCUUCCUUCUCUCCAGCUUGUUGAUCGUCUUCCCCUGGACCCAGCGUUUGUUCCGUAACUUCGGGGACCUCUCUGGCCCUGCCCCCUCAUUAGGAACCUCUCCAGAUCUCUUUGCACAAGGUCAAGGAGGCUUUUUCUGAGCUGCGUGAACUGCUCUGCGACAAGCUCCACGUGGACCCCGUCAACGUCAGGGUAAGGCUGCUCCCCCGCCCCAAGGGGCUGCCUGGUGGGGGGGGGUGCCGUGUGUGUGUGUCACUCUGGGUGGCUUACAGGACAUAAAACAUGGUAAGACAUUAGACAUUUCCUGUUACAGGGUUGCAUUCAGAUUUCAGUUAGUUUUUCAUUUCCUUGACAUCUGGUGGGAGGGCAUUCCACAGGGCGGGGGCCACAACCGAGAAGGCCCUCUGCCUGGUUCCCUGUAACCUCACCUUUCACAGUGAGGGAACCACCAAAAGGGUCGCUUUCGAAGGUAGUGCCACAUAGAGUGCAUUGCAGUAGUCCAAGCGGGAGAUAGCCAGAGCAUGCACCACUCUGGCGAGACAAGCUGAGGGCGGGUGGGGUCUCAUCCUGUGGACCAGAUGGAGCUGGUACAAAGCUGCCCUGGACACAGAAUUCACCUGCACUUCCAUGGACAGCUGUGAGUCCAAAAUGACUCCCAAGGUGCGCACCUGGUCCUUCAGGGGCACAGUUACCCCGUUUAGGACCACGGAGUCCCCCACACCUGCCUGCCUCCUGUCUCCCCAAAACAGUACUUCUGUCUUGUCAGGAUUCAGCCUCAGUCUGUUGAAUCUGCUGUGGGAUCUGUUGUGGGGAGAGGGUGACCCACACAUGGGCCCCCUGGCAGAAGGAGUCACCCCCUCUUUUCUCUUCCAGCUCCUGUCGAAGUCCUCAUCACCCACCCCCCACCCCCUUUGGACAGGAAUUCACCCCUGCUUACCACCAUGCCUUCCACAAGCUGGUCAGGGUGGUGGCUCAUGCGCUGGCCUGCCGGUCCCACUGAGACGCUUGACCCUCUAAUAAAUCCUCCCUCUGCAAUCUGACCCCAGGGAGAAGCGGCCGCCUCCUUCUGCUCUCGCCACCCACCAGGUUUGGUGGGGACCACCCCUUCCAGCCCCCAUGUGAUGCUUGACCCUCUAAUAAAUCCUCCCUCUGCAAUCUGACCUGGCUUCCUGUGUCUUCUUCUCUGGGACGGAGGGAGGGGACAGGCCUGGGGUGGGGGGUUAGUUGGGGGGGGGCUGGGAAAGGGGGGUGUUCUCUGUCACUCAAGAGGAAUCAUUCAGCACCAGUGGGGGGUUUUAGGGCGCUAUGGCAUUUUGCCCCCACCCAAGCUGCAGUGCUUUUCAGAGCCAGAGACCCCUGCUGUGUCCCCAAAUCUUUUAUCCCCAAAAUUCCUGGCAAGGUCCCCCCCCCCCAUGCUCCCAGGGCCCCCCCGGUCUCCUUGGUUGUCUCCCCACCCAUUUCUUGGUGUUUGCUCCUGUUCUGUUGCCCUCUCUGUUCUUCCUACUCUGGAGAAAUUGGGGGUGAAAGACUCAGAGGGGGAUGCGGACCCUUCCCCUGCUCUGGAUUCCAUCCCUCUGAAUAAGGGGUGGGGGUACCAACAUGGCCACCAAGGGAGACCCCCAAGGGCCACUCCCCCCCCACAAUGCCCCUCCCUGCCUCUUUCCAGAUGGGUGUCGGGGACGGAGCUGCCUCCGAAUUGGCAGAGAGAGGGGGGAAUUCAUGUCGUUUUAUCCAUUUAUUUGUUCAUUAAAUAUGGGGGUUCACAGGAUGAAAUUACGAUAUAAAAACACAUAAUCAAAUAAAAACAAAUACAACUCAAUAAACACCCCUGCCUACAUAUUUCACACCCAUAACAACAUCAAAAGAAUUUACCGCCUUCAUUGAAACAUCAAACAAAGCGAUCCAAAAUAAAACGCCAGAGGGGCAGCGAACCCAGCAAGUCGCCCUUUGGGGGUCCCAGGCGGAGGUCUAUGGGGGGAAAGGGGCAGGUCUCCCCUAACUUUCCGAGGGUAUCGAAAGGGCACGACCCGCGCUCGUCCGGUAAUUUGUUUUUGGGGGGUUUGUGAGCUGGGAUGGAAAUCCCUGUCUCCCAGACGAAGCAGAGGCGAGGUUCUCCCCCAGUCCCAGGCUUGGAAGCAGCCGCUCCCCCUGUGGCUUUUGUCCUUCUGACUGCCAGCCAGGUGUCCUCGGGCGCAGAGCAAGCGCCUUCCUUGCGCCCUCAGGCCAUUCGCUGGCCCAGAAAGGUGCCUGUCUCCUUCAGCAAAGGAUUUCAAACUGUCCCCGAACAGCCCUGGCCAACUCCCGUGGGGAGGGCGGGGAACAGCUUUGAAUGGGGACACAAUUGGCAAGCGAAGAGGCACACGCCCCCGUGGAAGAGAUCCUGACUUCUGAUGCAGGAGAAAAGCAUCUCUUUGGAAAGACGCUGAUUUCUGCUUUGCUUGAACGGGGCAAGGAGGGAGGGAAUCUUUUAAGUUAUGGGGCUUUUCGGGAUCUGCGUCAUCUCCCUUCCCUGAAGCAAGGAAUGCAAAGAUUUCGGGAGGAGCGGACUUUAAAUUUGCCUCUUUGCGAUGGAUUAGUUUUAGAAGUCAGGACUUUGCCUGAAAGAAGAUGGAGAGCAACAACCUUGAGGGACUUUUGAGGGAUUUUGACCCCCCCCUUGGGACUUCCUCCUGAGAAAUAAAAGCAGUAAAGAAGAAAAGAGGGGUGACAACUGGAUCGACUGUCUGCUAAGCAGGAAGAUUUAUGAGUUUUGGGGGGGAGGAAGGAGAGGAGACCAGGAUUUUGUGGAGAUUACAUCAGCCCACCUCCUUGGAGCCUGAAGGUGGAAACAAGAACAGCGAUAGGGACAGGAGGGACCACAUUGUGCAGCAUCUUGACGGCUUUUGAGACACAAAAGAAGAGAAAUGGAUUCUGCAUAUUUCUUAAUGAGCUGGUUGUAUGUAAAAUUGAGGAUUAAAUUUGGAGGAAUGUGAAGGGUGGGUGGCACUAGAAGAUUGGCAGUGUUACAGGAGGGGAUCCAUAUUAUAUAUUUAUACAAAACACCCCUGGGGGUUUCAUGUUCACCCUCUGCAGUCCGCGCUAGUGAGGCUGAGUUGCUGGUUAUGGGGGCCAGUUUCAAUGGCUUAUCUCUUGAGGAUAAUUGAGUCAAUUAAGGAUAAUUAAGUGUACUUUCAGAUUAUUAUUAUUAUUAUUUCACCAUUUAUCAAUUGGAAUGUAGGACAGGACUCUGCCCCAGGGAGCUCACAUUCAGGUUUGACAGCGUGGGGAGAGAACAGCAGAGGGAGAGUUGGAAGCGGCAGGGGUAGGAAGACAGGGAGGUUCAACAAGGGCAGGGAUUGGGAGCCCACUGCCUGCCAAUGGGAAGCAGAGUCAGACCACAUCCGGAAGACCUCAGGUUCCCCAUCCCUGUGCCAGAGCUGCGUUCAAAAUAUGGGCCCCAGGAUCUGGACCUCAGGGUCUGGACUAAACAAUGGGGGUGGAGACGCUCCUGUGGGUAUACAGGGCUGAGGCCUUUUAGGGCUUUCAAGGUCAACACCAAAACUUUGAAUUGUGGUCGGCAGUCUUAGCAGCCCCUCCCAGUCACCAGUCUAGCUGCCGCAUUCUGGAUUUGUUGCAGUUUCCGUAUCACCUUGAAAGGUAGCCCCACAUAGAGUGCAUUGCAGUAGUCCAAGUGGGAGAUAACUAGAGCAUGCACCACUCUGGCCAGACAGUCAGGGAGGGUCUCAUCCUGUGUACCAGAUGGAGCUGGGAGACAGCCUCUCUGGACACAGAAUUAACCUGCACCUCCAUGGACAGCUGUGAGUCCAAAAUGACUCCCAGGCUGUGCACCUGGUCCUACAGAGGCACAGUAGCCCCAUUCAGGACCAGGGAGUCCCCCACACCUGCCCGUUCCCUGUCCCCCAAGAACAGUACUUCUGUCUUUUCAGCAUUCAACCUCAGUCUGUUGAAUCCGUUGUGGGAUCUGUUGUGGGUAGAGGGCGACCCACACAUGAGCCCCCUGGCAAAAGGAGUCACCCUCUCUUUUCUCUUCUAGCACCAGAGCGAAGUCCUCAUCACCCUCCUGGCUGCCGACUUUGGGAAGGAAUUUAGCCCUGCUUACCACCAUGCCUUCCACAAGCUGGUUGGGGUGGUGGCACAUGCGCUGGCCUGCCGGUCCCACUGA